GACAAAAUGGCGGAUGUUGUUGAUUUGCGGCAGGGUCAGUGAUAAUCGGAGUUCGCCUUUUCACUGAUUUACUGCAAGACAUUAUACAGAAAGAACAUAAGAAGAGCCAUAAUCGUUGUAUGGUGAGCUGCAAUGAAAGGCAAAGAAAGGUCACCGAUUAAAAAGCGUUCUCGUGUUUUGGAUGAUAUCCGAGACAGGGGAGGAGGCCACCCGCCCAGCAAGAAAACGAGGGCUAUCUCGGUUUCCAGUGGGAGUAAUAAUGGAAAUAGCUCGACUAAAAGUGACGGGGGAUCUACGAGAAGGAGUGUGUUGGGUGACAAGAGAGGCCGGGAUUUUGAUGGACAUGUAUCGAGUCGAACCGGUGGGAGUAACCAUAGCUAUCCCGUUGCUGCUACUACCUCUAUCGGUAAGAACCACAACCUGGGUUUGACACUCGAUUUAGCCGCGGCAAGGACUAAUGCUCGCGGCGAGCGUGUUCCGCCUCCACCCAACAACGAGAGUGAGUACAAAACUCUCAAAAUCAGUGAACUGGGCACCCAGUUGAGCGAUGAAGACAUAGAAGACGGACUUUUCCACGAAUUCAAAAAAUUCGGGGACGUGAGUGUCAAAAUAAGCCGCAGCAACGACGAGAGAAUUGCGUUUGUCAACUUCAGAAAGCCCGAGGAUGCCAGAGCAGCUAAACAUGCACGGGGCAGGUUAGUACUUUAUGACCGACCUCUGAAAAUCGAUGCAGUGUACAUUGACAGGAGGAGAAGCCGUUCUCCAGUUGAGCGAGUUGACAGAGACCCAUAUGUUGGAGCCCCAGGCCACAGACACUUGCACACCCAGAGACCCCUCUCCCCAUCUGUGCUUGGAUACAGAGACUACAGACUACAGCAGCUGGCCCUUGGGCGCCUCCCUCCUCCCCCACCUCCUCCUUUGCCCAGAGACCUAGAGCGGGAGAGGGAGUUUGCCCUGUUUGAAGCCAGGGUGCGCCCAGUUCCAGCUUUCAUUGCAGAGAGAGCUUCUGCUUUCCGUGAGGAGGAUUUUAUCUCCCCAGAGGAUGACCAAAGAGCAAACAGAACGUUGUUUCUGGGCAACUUGGACAUCACUGUCACAGAGACGGACCUGAGGCGGGCCUUCGACAGGUUUGGGUUGAUAACAGAGGUGGAUAUAAAGCCCACACGGGGACAGACCAGCACAUACGGGUUCCUCAAGUUUGAGAAUCUCGACAUGGCCCACCGCGCCAAACUCACCAUGUCUGGGAAGAUAGUGGGCCGUAACCCCAUAAAGAUUGGCUAUGGUAAGGCCACCCCCACCACACGCUUAUGGGUGGGUGGGCUCGGACCCUGGGUCCCCCUAGCAGCAUUGGCCAGAGAGUUUGACCGCUUUGGUACAAUAAGGACCAUUGACUACAGAAAGGGGGACACCUGGGCUUAUAUACAGUACGAGAGCCUUGAUGCUGCUCAGGCUGCGUGCACUCACAUGCGUGGCUUCCCUCUGGGGGGGCCCGAGAGGAGACUCAGGGUGGACUUUGCAGACACAGAGCACCACUACCAGCAGCAGUUCCUUCAGCCUCUUCCUCUACCCCCCUUCGACAUGGUGGCAGACGCUUUCAUCCACCGCGCCAUAGCUGAGCCCCUGAGGGACAGGGAAAGGACUCCACCGCUGCUCCACUUCAGAGAGAGAGAGCUGGGCUUCCCCGGGGCCGAGUGGCCCCCCACCCCGGCUAUGCGUGAGCGGGUACGUCCCGGGACCUUUGAGCCGCUGGAGCGGGACCGGCGGCCGGGAGGGAGGGAGCCCUGGUCUCUGGAGCGAGAGCUGGCGGGGCGCGGCUGCGACCCAAGACGGAAACGACACCUUAUGGAUGACAGUCGCCAUCUUGAAGUCUCUCCUGACAGCACUGACCGCACGGCACGCCGACACCGAGGGGGCCCAUCCCCAGAUGGUAGCCCCAACGGGGGCCGCUUCAGUGACUCAGAGCGUACCCCUCGUGGCGAUGACAGACCCUCCCCUGGACGAGACCGUCGCCUCAGUCUGGAGCAUCCUGGCGGGGGGGACAGGAGACUAAAGAGCCAGGGGAGUCUUGCCGAAAGAGGGGCCUCCAGCAGUGGCCUCUCAUCCUCAGCAGGGGAGCGGAAACGUAAAGCCGGCGACAGCAGCAGCAAAGGACCUGGAGCUAAGAGGGAUCGCUCCUCAGACCAGGGUGGUUCUAAAGGUAGUCAGUCAUCCAAGCUUAGCCUGGCCUGGCACGGCAUGCUCCUCCUAAAGAACAGCAACUUCCCCGCCAACAUGCACCUCCUGGAGGGUCACCAGGGCGUGGCCAAGGACCUCCUUGUCGACGGCCCCACAGGGAGACAGGUGGGGGAGCUCAAGAUCACCCAGCGUCUCCGCCUCGACCAGCCCAAGCUGGACGAGGUCUCCAGACGCAUCAAAGCGGCCGGCCCCGGCGGCUAUGCCGUCCUCCUGGCGGUUCCCGGUUCCGGCGGCGAGGAGGUGUCGUCGACGGACCCGGCGGCUUCAACACAGCGUCCUCUCCGAAAUCUGGUGUCCUACCUGAAACAGAAGCAAGCAGCCGGAGUCAUCAGCCUGCCGGUUGGAGGCAGCCGGGAUAAGGACCACCAGGGUGUUCUCCACGCGUUCCCUCCCUGUGAGUUCUCACAGCAGUUCAUUGAUGUCUCGGCUAAAGCUCUGGCCAAAACCGAUGAGGACUAUCUGGUGAUGGUCGUGGUGCGAGGUCCAUCAUAACUACAAUCAGAUAGAGGAAGCAAAACAUCAAUGAUAUUGUAAAAAAGAAAGAAAACUACUAUUGCAUGCUGUGUGUUGAGUUCUGCCUCAUGGGGUUGCUACUAGAGAGUAGGGUUAUGGGGGGGGGAUAGGCUAUGUCACUAUUUUUUCCACCAAAAUAAGUAUAGAAUUUGCCCCUGAAAGUCAACAGAUGUGUAAUUUUGGAACCCUGUUUUAUAAAGGGUGUGAUCAUUUCUAGCCAACAUAUGCAGAAACAAUUCAGCUGGAGUAUUAUAAAAGGGGGACAUUCUAUGAAUAAAAUGAAAAAUCUACUGUAAAUUUAAAAUGAGGUAUAAUGGCCCCUUUUUCGUUUUCAUUUAGGAAAACUUGAACCAACCGCUGUUUGUAAAAGUUGAAACUUCUCUCUAAGAUUUGCUCUGUUGUUAGUGUUUGGUUGUAUUAUGUAUACGUUAUACUACUUAAUGCUUAUUACAAUCAGUUGGUGUCAUUUAAAGUGAAUUAUAUAUUUUUAGCAAAAUAUUCACCUCAAAACCCUUUGUUCACUAACCAUUUCUUUAUUCUAAAUGUCACAUUUUGAGAAAGAUACCAUCAGGCCCUGUUUGACUGGUAUGGUGAGCGUAUAAAUCAUUCCGUUUGUAUUUCUCAUAAAUGAUUGGGGACAUUAAUGUUGGGAUAUGUCCUUACCGCCUUCCAUAUUGAUCAAAUGGACUUACUGUCUUUCUCUAAUACAUGAACAUGUUCCAAACCUAGAAAUCUGAAUGUACCUAUGCACGGUAGGCUAUCUGGUGUUCGGUUACACCUGGUGUUUUACCAUGUAUAACUGGUUUGGUUACACCUGGUGUUUUACCAUGUGUAACUGGUUCCGUUACACCUGGUAUUUUACCCUGUGUAACUGGUUCGGUUACACCUGGUGUCUUACCAUGUAUAACUGGUUUGGUUACACCUGGUGUCUUACCCUGUGUAACUGGUUCGGUUACACCUGGUGUCUUACCCUGUGUAACUGGUUCGGUUACACCUGGUAUUUUACCAUGUGUAAUUGGUUCGGUUACACCUGGUGUCUUACCCUGUGUAACUGGUUCGGUUACACCUGGUGUUUUACCAUGUAUAACUGGUUCGGUUACACCUGGUGUCUUACCAUGUAUAACUAGUUCGGUUACACCUGGUGUUUUACCCUGUGUAAUUGGUUCGGUUACACCUGGUGUUUUACCAUGUAUAACUUGUUCGGUUACACCUGGUGUUUUACCAUGUAUAACUAGUUCGGUUACACCUGGUGUUUUAACCUGUGUAAUUGGUUCGGUUACACCUGGUGUCUUACCAUGUAUAACUAGUUCGGUUACACCUGGUGUUUUACCAUGUAUAACUAGUUCGGUUACACCUGGUGUUUUAACCUGUGUAAUUGGUUCGGUUACACCUGGUGUCUUACCAUGUAUAACUGGUUCGGUUACACCUGGUGUUUUACCCUGUAUAACUUGUUCGGUUACACCUGGUGUUUUACCAUGUAUAACUAGUUCGGUUACACCUGGUGUUUUAACCUGUGUAAUUGGUUCGGUUACACCUGGUGUUUUACCCUGUGUAAUUGGUUCGGUCACACCUGGUGUCUUACCAUGUAUAACUAGUUCGGUUACACCUGGUGUUUUACCAUGUGUAAUUGGUUCGGUCACACCUGGUGUCUUACCAUGUAUAACUAGUUCGCUUACACCUGGUGUUUUACCCUGUGUAAUUGGUUCGGUUACACCUGAAAAUCCUGUGUGUUCAAGGAAUGGUUAAUUGAACACUACAAAGUGGGUUGUGACAAAAUAUGUAAAGGAGGUUGAAACACCCAUACAUGGGUUUUAGUUGCUGAGUGUAAAUUCCUAACUUGGCUGUGGUGUAGCUUAAAUACAGUGUGUUCAAUCGGUUUCCAAAUGUGUUUUAAUGUUUAAGCGACACUCCAGUAAUAUUUGGGCAUAUUGAGAGGCUGAAUGAGGAAUUUAGAAGUGAUUUUUGCCCAGCUAAUAUAGAUGGGUCCAUCAAUGCAAUGAAGCGACAAACAAAUAGCCUACUAAGAGAGAUGCUAAGGGUAGAUUUUAUUGUGUACAUUGUCUUUAGCACCACUUGACCCGUGGUAGUACGUUGUGACCUAUAACCUUUGACCUAUAAUGCGUGAUAAGAUUACACUAGAGACAAAAACAGACUUUUAUUUGUUGGUCCGGUUUCAUUCAAUCAAUAUGCCAAUGUUUGUCGCCAAGUUUUUCUGAAUAUGACAAUAUUUUAAUGGUAAUUGCUAACAAAUGAUAUACAGUAAUCCUAAUAAUCAAUAAGUAAAAAGGUAUUCAAUAUAUAAACUGAUCAUUUAAUUUUGGGGGGGGGGGGGUUGUAUGUUUUUUUAAGUUGUAGUGCUAUUAUUUUGUAGUAUUUUUUUUUAACCACAGUUUUCCCCUUUGUCAGCCAACAGUUAGAUUUUUGAGACCUAUAUUUAUAGCCUACUGUUGGUACCAUUAUAUGACUGUUGCUUUAAAAAAACAAAAAAACGAAACUGAGUUGUAGUUCUAACAUGAGGUUGGUUUAGUUUUAUCUGUUGACAAAAUUGUCUGAGAAAAAAAAUAUGUAUUUGUCUCCCAAGUUCACUGCCUCAAUUGUGGACUUUUUAUGGCUUAAAACCUUUACAGGAAACUCUGAAGAGAAGGAAACUAAUUAGUAUUUGUUACGUUUUCACUGAGAAAGGCAGCUUUUAAGUUGUGUGUCAUUUUGUGUUGUGUUUUAAGUGGAAUAAUAGGACCCUCUCGCUUUGUGCUUCUGUACCUGAUUUCAUUGGGAAGACAAGAAAUGGAAAAUCCUCUUCCCACACUCGUCUUACUGCCAAGUUGUUUAACACUCAAGAGAGAAAGUGCAUUUACGCACUUAUUUGUCCUCCAAAUAUCAAUAAAUUGUUUCAUUUGA